CGCUGACGAUGUGGGGGCGCGGGCGUACUACGGAGAGAAUUCGGCGCGCGAAAGCUGCAGCAGGAAGUGAGUGGAGCAGAAGGGAAACGGCGGCCAGUUCAGGGAUUUGAAUCUACUUCCAUAAUCUACAAACAUCUACAUCAAUAUGGCAGACCCGAAGGACCAGGAAGACCACGACACCACUGCAGAUGCUGCAGAGGACACUAAUCAUGAUCCCCACUUUGAGCCUAUCGUGUCUCUCCCUGAGCAGGAUGUGAAAACAUUAGAAGAAGAUGAGGAGGAGCUCUUUAAAAUGCGGGCCAAACUCUAUCGCUUUGCCUCUGAGAACGAUCCACCAGAGUGGAAGGAGAGAGGAACUGGCGAUGUCAAGCUGCUGAAACACAAAGAGAAGGGCACAAUCCGCCUCCUGAUGAGGAGAGACCGAACCUUGAAGAUCUGUGCCAACCACCACAUCGUACCGACGAUGGAGUUGAAGCCCAACGCCGGCAGUGACAGAGCAUGGGUGUGGAACACACUAGCAGAUUAUGCAGAUGAAUGCCCUAAAGCCGAACUCCUGGCAAUACGCUUUUUAAAUGCAGAAAAUGCUCAGAAGUUCAAGGUGAAGUUCGAUGAGUGCAAGGAAGAGGUCAGAAAACAGGGAACAGGCAACACUGAUAGUGCAAACAAGGUGGCAGCGAAGCUGGAGGAGCUCUCUGUAAAAGACAAGGCAUCAGAGGAAAAGAAGGAAGAGGACAAAAAGACGGAGAAGAAGGAAGAUGAGAAAAAGGAGGUGAAAGCCGAGGGGAAUUGAGAACCAAGAACUUGCUUUGCUGAUCUUCAAUUUAUCAGUUUUCCUCUUUUUCUACAAUAGACUGUAAAAUGAACUGAAUUUGGACACUUGCAUAUUAGUUUUUUUUUUUUAUCUGUUUUGCCUCAAGAUCACAAGUCCUUGAUGCCACUGGGGGAAAAAUUGAGUGAAUUUAUGAAAAAAAAAAGAGAAGCCCUUCCCUUUCACCCUUUUCCCUUGCACCAUGGAAUGCAGUGCUUUCCAUCCUUGUCAUCUACAGUUCAGUGUUACGUUUAAUGAACUGUGAAACAAGGCUUGUGAUAGCGAUGAUUCCCACAUUGGGUUUUUUUUUAUUAUUAUUUUGUUAUUCUGAAGCAGAGUUUGUUUGUAGGGAAAGAGGAUAAUGUAGCCUGCUUGUUGGCAGCACAGGGUCAGGGACCAGGCAUUAUGGAGGUGCAUUAUAUGUAUAAAAUCCCUUCUUACCUUGUCCACGCUUCUGCUGUUAUAAAUAACAAGCAAUGUAAAGACUUCUCAGUGGAUGCCUUGUAGAAAUCAUUCUUGGUUCCUUCUUUGUUCAGCUCCGUUGGGAACUGACUAGAAGAGGAAUCCAGACAGUUGAGGGCCAUCAGAUGAGUGCUGCAGACCGCAGUGUUUGCUGAUAGCUGACUGCUAGGAGACUAGAUGCACUUAGCUAUGUUUUUUCCCCCCCAUUUUGUUUUAAAUAACUAAAAACCAUUAAGUCCAAAGUAAACGGUUCAUCAUUUUGGUGCAGCUAUGCUCUGACUAAAGGUCCUCACCAAGGAAUCCCGUUUGUAUCCUUUAGAUUCUAACAUUCCCUGACAGAAAAGCAUGUAGAGUAUAUGUAACAGAGUGUGCCCUUUCUGAUCUGUAUGAUCUGUAUGCUCACCACCCUCUCCUUUUCUUUACGUCAAGUUCUUACCUUGCAUCCAAGUACCAGUGCAUCGGCAUGGAUGAAAUGUCGCUUUUCAUUUGCACUCAUGAUUUGAAAUGUUUCCUCCACCCUCAAAUAAAAGCUGUCAGAGACCA